AUGACGGAUAUACGAUGGGGUCUAUUCGGAAUGUUAAUUUCUAACUCAAUAUUCUUGGCAUCAGUAGUUCUAACAGAUCAGAGAGAGAAACUUUUCAUGGGAUGUUUACUUCCAUUCACUCCAAUCAUCUAUUGUUUUGUCAUGUUCACCAGUAUUAGGCGGAUGAGAUAUGUUCAAAUACCAGCUGAAUUCAAACCGUAUUCGAAACUUAACGUAUAUGUUGUCGUAAUAGGAAUGCUUCAUAUUCUUGGAGCAAUAUUUUUCCUCAACCAAUCGAUAAGAUGGCCACUGGAAUGCCUUCUACUUUUUAUUUCUUCAUUUGUUUUCUCUGUCGACUUGUAUUUAUCCUUGAUAUUAGACACUUUCAUUCUAGUCAAUCAUCCAAAAGAGGACGAUGAAUCAAUUCAAAAGUAUAUUGAUCGUCAAGAACAAUUUCGACUUUCAUUGAGGAUUCUCCAUUUCAGCACGCCACUUUUCAUUGAUUCGUUCGACGAGGAGAAACAUCUGAAGGAUUAG